UCUUACAUGUUUUGAAAAAACAAGAUCACUUUAUCAACAUUCUAUGCUGCUCGACCACACAAUCUGCUGUAUUGUAAAGGAUGAAUCCUCUGGUUACAUGCCAUCAGCAUGACAGACAAAUUAUAUGAAUUAUAAGCAUAUUCUUCAACUAUGUUCCUGUUUUAUUCCCUGUUGGCUUGUAGGUUGGGUUGAUGGUGAUGCUGAUCUCCUGUGUUGUCAUUGGUGUUCUUGCUGGUAUAUAUGAUGGAGGAAAAGUUUUCACAGUGCUAUCUCCUCAACUUACAGCCACAGCUGCAUUGAUGCCAUUGAUUGGAUUCACAUGUGGAUAUAUCCUGUCCACUCUGUUCAGGAUGAAUGCACCUGGCAGACGUACGGUUUCUGUGGAGGUAGGUUGUCAGAACAUCCAACUGUGUUCCACAAUCCUGAAGGUGGCCUUCCCUGCUGAGCUCAUUGGUCAGCUGUAUUUCUUUCCUAUCCUCUACGUUGUGUUCCAGAUAGUCGAGGCUCUUUUUUUCAUAGUCCUGUUCAGAUGCAUCCAGAAGCUGAGUCCAUCCCAAAAAGAGACACAAGUGCACACAGCAGUGGAAAGAGCAGCUGAAGAAACGAAUGGACCCUCGGACAGUGACAUCUGAGGGGACUCCAUAGUGCUUAUUAAGCUGAAAAAGCAAUUUUAAGACAAAAUAUCACCAUAUGCUGUACGG